AACCCCCUAACCAUUCCUCAACUUUACACUCUUCAUUCUCAUUUUAGUUUCUAAGUCAUAUAUUUUUUUUGUUAUAACAGUUACUAGGAUUUCAACAACACCAACCAAACCAUGCCCACCCAUCAUUUCCUCACACUCUUAUUCUUCCUUCUAAUCUCUUGUUAUGCCCUAAAUGCACAAGAGGAGAGUGAAUUUGGUCGUCCAAUAGACCGCAAAAUGUUAGGCCUAAAGAAAAAAGAAAAAUUGAGCCAUUUCAAGUUUUAUUGGCAUGAUAUAGUGAGUGGACACAACCCAACUUCUGUUGCUGUUGUUCCACCACCCAUUAAGGUGAACACCACCACAGCCUUUGGUUUGGUCAACAUGAUCGACAACCCUUUGACUUUGGGACCCGAAUUGAGCUCCAAGCUUGUGGGGAAGGCUCAAGGGUUCUAUGCCUCUGCAUCACAAAGUGAGAUUGAUCUUCUUAUGGCCAUGAACUUUGCCUUCAUUGACGGGAAGUACAAUGGUAGCACCAUCACGAUCUUGGGUAGGAACCCGGUUUUCAACAAGGUGAGGGAGAUGCCUGUGAUUGGUGGCAGUGGACUUUUCAGGUUUGCUAGAGGGUAUGGAGAAGCUAGGACUCAUUGGUUUGAUCUCAAGACUGGGGAUGCUAUUGUUGAGUAUAAUGUGUAUGUUAUGCAUUAUUGAUGGUUUGUAUUAUAGGAGAGGAUACUAUACUUUUAGCUUCUACGUUGGCCAAUUGAUGCUUUUUGUUUCUUGUUCUCACUUUUUCCCUUUUGGGGUCAUAUAGCAGUUGCUUGUGAUGCUUAGCUU